AGAUUUUUCUAUUGAUAUUUGGAACAGGCUAACACAGGCUAAAUCCAUGCCAGAUCCUCCUUCAAUGCCUAAAGCCAGCCAAGAAACCAAAGGCUUGGGAUCCUAUGACCCGAAAUCAGCAACUGAAAAGAAAUUCGUCAUUACUCAUCGCAUCAAAAAUAUCUCGACCUUGAACAUUGGAAACACCUAUACCAGUGAUGUAGAGGAUCAUUUCGGUUUUUUGUGGCACUUGAGCUACAUCUACGAUGGUCGAUUCCUCCGUACAACGCUGAACAUUGAUGUAAAUGGAAGAUCAGCCUUAUGGUCAGUUGGAAUGAAAGUUAGGCACAUGUUCGUGACGAAAAACGGAGCAGAUCACUUUCACAACUCUACAGAUCAUGUAUUCAGUCAGGAACAUAACUAUGGCUUGACUGCCAUCACUUUUUUUGAGGACAUUAAAAAUAAAAUUUUCGAUGAUGAUAUGGUGUAUGUCGAUGUUGAAGUAACAAUCACAAAAACAUCAGGAUUCGACAGAAAAAAGCUUCGAAAUUUUGAUACACCUGAAAAUGAUUGGCAUGUGGUUCUAGUGGCUGGAGGUCAGAAAUUCUACGCUCGGACAGUGGUGAUUUGCAAUCCGAACACCGAUAUCUGUGAACUUGAUGUCGCCAGAGGAACAGAAAUAGUUUUGGAAAAUGAGGACCCUUUGGAUCUCCAGAUCUUUCUGGAAGCUCUUCACGGGGAAGAUGUGAUUAGCGACACCACACUAGAAAUCAUCUUGCUUUUGGCAAUCAAAUACCGUGCAAUUGAAAUAUUUUCGAAAUGCGAAAAGUGGUUGCUGGAAGGAUCAAAAAUGUCGCCGAGGAAACAACUGCAGAUGGCCAUUCGAUGCAGCUUUUGGGAACUGGAACAAAAGUGCUUGUCGGAGUUGAAAACCAAGCAGGACAUUCAAGCCGUUCUUCCGGCCAAUUUGAUGUCUCUGGACCCAAACAUGGUGCUCACUCUGUUUGAAAAACUUCUCACUGUUACCUAAAUUCUGCAUUUCAUUAGUAGUGUCUAAUAAUAUCUAAAUCCUGAGACUAGAGCUAAGCUUUUACAUGCAAGUGUAUUUAUAACAAAACAUUUUUGAAUAAAAAAUUUAUUUCCCAAC